AGAAACAGAAGCAAAAUGCACAAAUCAUACAAUAAUAUCUUACCAACUUCAAAUCGACUUCUACAACAGAAAUGGGACACGACAUAUUAUAACGAACACAGAAGAAAGGUACGAGAUGUCAAGUCUAUGGUGGAUACUAAAGCUCCCCCUACAUACAUGCACCUUCAUCUUAAACUUAAAAAAUUCCAGCUGGAGGAAGAAAGAUUGACUACUAUAGAAAGAGAUAACAGAAUAUUACUAGAGAAAAUGGCGUAUAUUAUGAGAACGAGGGGACGUAUUGACAACAAGAAUGAUUAUGUCUAUCAAAGUUUAAAUAGAGAAAAGAGACAGAGAGAAUUAUUACGUGUUGCUAAAGAUAAUCAGGAAAUAUUACGAAGAAUUACCGCCAGACAACCAGAAUACUCCGCUAAAAAAUGGAACGAUGAUUGGCAACAAAAUCAGAAAUUUAUGGACAGUAUUUCUCAUUUCCCACAAGAU